AUGUCGUCCCUGUCCCCUCACGCCGCGGAGUUCGUCCAGAAAGAAACUUACGCGAGUAUGCUGAGCAAGCCCCCGAGAAACAAGACGGAGGCUUUAUCUGAGAGCAUGGCGAAGAUGGAAGUUGGAGUACCGAAGUCGAGUCGACCCAAGUUCGGCAGAGCUUACGACGUUUCUCUCGAAGCCGUUCUCAUCGAUACCGCUCUCUCGAGAUUGCAACGACCGCUGCCGACCGGCAAGCCGGAUGCUCCGCAUGCGAAGGUGGAGCGUGCGACACGGAAGAAGAAAAUCAUCCGGCCUUCCGAUGCCAACAGGAAGCUGUCAAAGUUGAAGAAGUCUGUUGUGAAUCACCGCGAAAAAAAAGCCCGAGAGGCAGCUGUCGAGACGGGGGACCUGCCCGCCUUAUCGAGAGUCGACGGUGUUCGAAUCGACAAUCCAUUGUGUGAGGCGAGGUCAGAGCCCGAGACGAAGACAGGUGCAGGAGGAGCCGAUGUCGGUACAGAUAGAACUGCCGAAGGUGCUCCAUCGAGGAGCUUGGAAUCCUCCCCGACUGCGGCAAACGUUCAAUCGUAUCGUUGUCGAAGUGACGUGCCACUCGCUGAUCCGGCAACCAUCCGAGGAACCAGCGAGGGAGAGUCCGAGGCUCCCGCGAGCUGCUCAGUGAAAUCCUCAACGGUAUCGGAGGAACAACCGUUAACCCGAACGCCCACCAUGGAUCGCUUGAAGGCAGAUCUCCAGGGUGAAUCUCUCAAAGAGGUGGAGAAACUGGCAACCGAGUUGAUCAUCGGGCUCAAGAGGUUCCAGGACCGGCUCUAUAGCAAAGACGAGAUCAAGGCUAGAAUGCGGCAGCGCAUGUACUUCGGUUUGAAGGAAUCUGUCAAGUUCAUGCAAGGCCAGAGAGUCAAAAUGAUCAUUAUGGCGCGAGAUCUCGAAGCUGGCCCUGGAGGACUCGAUGAACUCAUCGAAGAUCUGCUCGCGAAAGCUAAAAUAUAUCGUGUGCCUGUGGUGGUUGCGCUGUCCCGCAACAAAUUGAAGAGGCUCUCCCAGAAGCCAUCCAAGGUGGCGUGCAUCGCGAUAACGGAUCCGAGUGGUCGAGACGAGCAAUUCGAAAAAAUUAUGGAGAUUGUCAAACCACUGGGCCUCCUGGACAACCUCGCUGAAGGAGUUAGUCAGACAGAGAUACAAGAGGAGCAACAGAGGAAAGCUCAACAGGAUCUGGAAACUUGGACGUCGACGACGCGACGAGGUCGUUUCGAGUUUUCAGUUGAUCGACUAUUCUCAACUUGAAGAUCCGCACAGGGAAUCGACAAUCUUUUGUACAUAACGCCCGGCAAUUUGGGCCCCGUUACGGAAUGCGUCGCCAGAUGAUUCCCCUCAAGCGCUCUUCGAAAGAUCGAUUGUGGAAGUCGAUUCAUGAAAAUGAAAAGCUUGAAGA